CAGAUGUGUAGAUGUCAGUCACCUUACGACCCUAAAAGGGUUGCAGUGGAUGUACAGUGUACAUACUGUACAUGGAAGGGGAGGUUGAGUUGGAGGUCAUUUUCGAAAUCCGACCGCUGAGCAGACGACGAUAUGGUGCCACCGAUCCCUCGGGAAUUGACGGAAGAAGACAAGCUGUUCCAGGCGGUCAUGGACAGGAACGUCGACGCAUUGAACGCGAUUCUCAAGGCGGGCAAAGUGAACGUGAAUGCCAUGAAGCCCGUCGACAUGAUCCAGUCGACCGUGCUCUACGUGGCGGCAUUGUACCCAUGCAUGGCUAUCGUCCAGUCGCUGCUCGCGGUCCCAACGAUCGAUGUCAACUUGCCCAACCGAAUCCACAAGAAUGCGACCACUCCAUUGAUGCGCUCGAUCCAGAAAGGCAACUUGGACAUCGCCGACGUCCUCAUUAGCCGACACGACACCAUGUGCAACGCUGUCACAGACAAAGGCAAGUCAGUCGCGACGGAAGUGGCGUCUUACAACCGAGCGGCGAUCGUGCCCAAGCUGUGGCCCCGCCUCAGCCCCGCGCUGCGCGCCAAGUGCAUGUCCGAAGCGUUAAAGGCCAAGAGCUUUGAAGUUGUGGCGGCGCUCAUCGAAGUCGGGUGCAGCUUUGAAGUGACGUACAACAACAGUGAUGCGCUCUUGAUUGCGGCCGUGGCCAAACAUGUGACUAUCCAAGGGCUCGUGGGACUAUUGCUGCAGGACCUUCCGUUCUUGGUCGUAGACGACGACGACGACAUCAUCGCAGACAACCCCGAGUACAUGGGAUCAUGGAGUGCAUUCGUGCUGCCGGGGCUUCGAGUCAGCGACGACGUUCGCAAAGAAGUCGUGAUCGACACGUUGCUCAGCCACGCGACGUUUCACCGCGUACCUCGACAGAUAUUGCUAGAGCAAUUUGUGUACGCCAAGGACAUUCAUGGCCGCACUGCGUUUGACACAACCGAGACCAGCGUCAAGGAGCAUCUCCAGCGGCUGUUCUUCUUCAUGCAGCGCUACGAGUUUGUGCCAGGGCCGGCCGCGCACGUGAGCGCGACGUCCGUCGUCCGACUGGCUUAUGAUCAUGGCAUUUGCCACCAAGUUUUUCACGAACUUGCCGACCAACUCAACGUGUGCCUCACGUUAAAGCAGUUCCGACAGGUGAAUGUCACACUUACCCAAGUGUGCAGCCAACACGAACGUCCCCAUCGUCGGCGGGAGAUGCAGGCACCACCUGUCCUGGACGACGCUAGCUUAGUCGACAAGUGGGAUGCACAUUUCGAGUACUUUGCCAAGGACUUUCCAGGGUACAUGACCGAAGCUGAGUUUAAAAAGUUUUGCGACAUGCAAUACGGCCGCAAGAUCCAAGUGGCGCUCAAGUUUAUGCGGCGAGAGGAGGAUUAUACAAAGGAAGUGGAGGUGCGGCGCCUCAUAUCCACCCGCGGCCACGUGUCCAAGUAUAUGCUCAAUAUGCUGCCGUCGCCCAGCCCCGACGAGUUUGAGCGCGCUGUGGGGUCGCUCUCAGUGAACAACGACCAGCUUUCAUUGGCCGAUUUCAAGCACGUGCUGGUUCUACCGGCGGCCGAUCGCAGCUUGGAAGAUAUAUUCUUCAAAGAACGACCCAGCGCCAACCUCAUUCGGUUCCUUCUCGAAGAAGCCGCCCACGCCCUCCGACUCCUCCAUUCAUGGGAUAUCAUGCACGGCGAUGUGAAAAAGCUCAAUUUUGUGCGUGUAAAGCACCAGCUCAAGUUGAUUGACCUGGAUGCUGCCACAGUCAUGAAUACUAUGAUGGGGUCCAAGUUUUCAUCGGGCGUGUUGCCCCCAGAGAUGUUUCAUCACUUGGAAACAGACGACGAACGGUCUCAGUACAUGGCAUACUGGGCCGACGACAUUCGCAUACGCGAUAAACUGCGGCCGCGAUCGAAUAUCGUCGUCAAGUGCUUUCGCCAAGAUUACAACCAGGAUGCUGCUGCACUUCUGCCAUAUGCCCCCGUGGUGGCGUCCCCAGAGAUUGACAUUUGGGCGCUGGGAGUGAUGAUGUUUCAGCUGUGGUCGGGUGAAGAGCUCGUGGCCACAGAUAUCAACGAGGACGUGACCAGCGGCCAGAUUCAGCUGGCCAAGUUCUGGACGCCGGAGCUGCUCAAGGCGCGUAUUCGGCUGCAUAUUGACGACGAAGAUCAGCUUGAUUUGCUGUCGCAUGUGUUGGCAGUGGACCCGAAAGAUCGAUGGUCGCUUGAAAGUAUUCUCCAGCACCCGUACUUUAACCCGUGAUUCGAGAAGGAGGAGUAGUGACUAAACGACUGGCGGUCCUAAGCUAAAGAACAUUUCGUGGUUCAAUUGCG